ACCUCCCCUCCUCCUCUCCUACCCCUGACCUCCUCCAGCCCCUCACUGUCACUCUCCUGCUUUAACGGCCACGUUUCUGAACCAGCCAGACUACAGCUGAGAACACACAAACACACUUACACACACUCACACACUCUCACACCCGCAGGGAGUUUAUCGGAGUUUACAGCCGCAGGACUCACCGCUGAGCCGCUGGAGGAGCAGCACUACAGCCCGGAGUUCUCACAUUUACACAGUCUGGUAGAAUGCUGCGAUGUCGUGUGCCCAUGCCUGCCAUGGUCACCCUGCUUUUGCUGCAGGCCCUUGCCAUGGUUCUGUUUCUGGGCUGGUACAGCCACUUUGUGCCGCAGGACAGCUCUCCUUCACAGGGAAAGGUGCACGUUCUCCUGCUUUCAUCAUGGAGGUCAGGCUCCUCUUUCUUGGGUCAGGUGUUCAGCCAGCACCCGUCAGUGUUUUACCUGAUGGAGCCAGCAUGGCACGUUUGGACGACUCUGCAGCGGCCAGGUGCCCGUGGCCUGAGGAUGGCAGUGAGAGACCUGGUGCGCAGUGUGUUCCACUGUGACCUCUCUGUGAUGGAUGCCUACAUGCCUCCCAACUACAAUGUCUCUCAGGUGUUCAUGUGGAGCCACAGCAGAGCACUCUGCUCGCCGCCAGCUUGCCCUCUGACGCCGCGGGACCAGAUCAGUGUGGAGCCGGAGUGCAAGCUGCAUUGUGACAGGAUGGGGCUGCAGCUGGCAGAGGAAGCCUGCCACUCCUACAGCCAUGUGGUCCUAAAGGAGGUGCGCUUCUUCGAGCUGGAGUCAUUAUACCCACUGCUAAAAGAUCCCAAGCUGGACCUGAGGAUAAUCCACUUAGUGCGAGACCCCCGGGCUGUCUUGCGCUCGCGGGAACAGGCUGCAAAGGCCCUGGCCCGGGACAGUGCCCUUGUUCUGGAACAGGAGGGCACUAUGCCACCAGAUGCCCAGCAGAGGGUGAUGCAGGAAGUGUGUCGAAGCCACCUGAGAAUCCAUGAAACUGCCAUGCUAAAGUCGCCCGAUUUUCUGCGAGGAAGGUACAAGUUGGUUCGGUAUGAGGACCUGGUAAAGAACCCACUGACUGAGAUCGAAAACAUGUACAACUUCGUUGGACUGGAGAUGACAGAGACUUUGCAAGAGUGGAUUUAUCGAAUUACACACGGUAAGGGCAAAGGAACCAAAAAAGAGGCCUUCAAAAUCACAUCCCGGAAUGCUGAAGACGUAUCCCUGGCCUGGAGGACUUCCUUACCAUACGAGAAAGUCAGACAAAUUCAGGAGGUGUGUAAAGGGGCCAUGUCUCUAAUGGGCUACCAUCCAGUAGAAAGCGAGAUGGAACAGAAGCAGAUUGAAGCAGACCUCACGUCACAGAAAAAACACUAUGAGUUCUCCUGGCUUCCUUCAAAAUCCACACGCUCCACCAAAGCAGGAUAACACUCAUUUAAACACACUCUAACUGCCUCCAGUCAAAAUGGCCAUGGGACACCUGCCAUCAUUCUGUAAACACCAGACUGGAUUUUAGUUUUUUGGUAAAAAAAAAUGCUUUAGCAAUCCACAAACUGAAUUAUUAUUUAUUAAAGGCCGUCAGAGCUUUG